AUGCCAGUCGACGAGAAUACCAGCUCAGGCAACGAGAAAGCACAGUCGCCGGUGGAAUGUACUGGUGUCUCAGACAAUUGCCUGCGACACAAUUCCGCCCUAGGCCCAGCUACCCAGCCCAGAGCCUCCGAGCAUUUGAGAGACGAAAGAAGCCUUUGCGCGACUUCUGCCAAUCAGAUGAACGAGAAUACCAACCAGACGGAAGAUACCAACCAGAUGGAUGCGGACACCAUUCAGAACGACGCCAGUGCUACGGGCACGCACCCAUCACAGCCAACGGUGCACUAUGUCCUCGACUGCGACACGUCGAGACCCAUUACCAUCAUCACCGGCACAGGCACCGACUCGGAUCCCAAAGUCGCCUACACAAUCGCAGCAGAACUCCUCGAAAGGCACACUUCAUAUUUCCCUCCCCAUUAUUUCGACGAAAGCCCCGAGGAGAGAGUCUUCGAACUGCCUGAGCUCCCCACUACACUCUUUGCCCACUAUCUCGGAUUCGUCACUGGCAGUUUGAAGGAUUUCUCCGCCCAUGCUCGAGAACAGGCUCGAGCCCGAGCUGCACUGUCUGGCAUCUCUGGCGCAAUAACUCCUUUGCAACUCGACGUGUUCACCCUCCAAGCUCAUUUGGCGACUUGGUUCUUCGGAGACCGAAACACGCACGACUUCGAGUAUUGUAAUGCGAUCAUGGACGCUAUCUUCCAGAUCGAAAAUUUGGGUGCUGUGGUUGUCGAGUGUAUGGACGAGUGGCAUAGACUGGCUACGACGUCUGAAGAAAUGUGGGAGUACCUGCGGAGAGAUACGCCGCUGACGAGUCUGAUGGCUGACUGCAUCCUGGGAAUUCUGAGUGAGCAGGAGAUUCACAGAAAAAUCGGAGAGAAGGUGUGGUGGGAAGCGGCGUUUCUGAGGAAGUUGAUCUUGAGAAGGUUGGUUCUUGGGUAUGAGGGAAAGGAGGUCAAAGUUCCGAGUUGGGACGAUAGGGAGACUUACUAUCAGAGAUACCCACAGAUGAGCACCCAUGUUCCAUUAGCGCGCGAUAACGUGGAACGGGGGUCGCGAUGGCGAGGAUAG